AUGCUCAAUACAGGUCAUGGCACAUUUGGCAGUCAAGUUACUUAUCUGAUCGGUUAUUGGGCAUAUAAUAUGGCCGUCGCUGAUGUCAAUGGUGACAAUCGCCCCGAUAUAAUUGUGGCGAAUAGUGAGCAAAGUACCAUUGGUGUGCUCCUCAACACAGGUAGCGGCACAUUUGGCAACCAAGUGACCUAUUGGGGUGGUUCUUACCCGCGUGGUGUGGCCGUCGCCGAUGUCAACGGCGAUAAUCGUCCAGACAUUAUUGUAACGAAUGCGUAUUCAAACACUGUUAGUGUUCUCUUGAACAUUGGUAGUGGUACAUUCGGUGGACCAACGACCUAUUUGGCCAGCUCGUACCCAUAUUCUGUAGCAGUCGCCGAUGUCAAUGGUGACAAUCGCCCAGACAUUGUUGUCACCAAUGCCGGAAACAACAACAUUGGUGUUUUCAUGAACAUGGGAAGUGGUUCAUUUUCCAAUCAAGUGACCUAUCCAGUCGGCGAUUGGCCGAUGUGGGUAGCUGUCGCCGAUGUAAAUGCGGACGGUCAUCCUGACAUAAUUGUGGCGAAUAGUAACAAUGUCGGUGUCCUUCUGAACACAGGUAGUGGGUCGUUUAGCACUCAAGUGACCUAUACGGUUGGUUUUUGGUUAAAUUUUGUGACCGUCGCCGAUAUGGAUGGUGACAGUCUUCCGGACAUUAUUGUGACGAAUACCGGAAGUAGCAGCGUUGGUGUUCUUCGUAAUAAAGGUAGUGGCAUAUUUGACACUCAAGUCAUCUAUGCCGUAGGCAAUACGCCGUAUUGUGUAGCCGUAGCCGAUGUCAAUGGUGAUGGUGGCCGUGACAUGAUUGUGGCCAAUGGUGGAAGCAACAAUGUCAGCGUCAUUCUCACCGAUUGCAUUUGCCGUCAAUGUUGGAUCUAA